AUGGUGAUUCGCGAUUCUGUUCGAGGGGAGAUUACCUUUGAGGAGCUAGCACGACGAAAGCGCACCCGUUAUGACGCAUGCCCCCCCCUGGAGAAGCUUCUAGCCGAUAGGGGCGUUCAAUUAACCGCGGCGGACCACUCUAUCGAUGCCAAUGCGGGUCGUUAUCACGCCCUCCUCCCGUUAGAGGCGUUUGAUGAUACGAUGUAUGAGGAACUCACCUUAUCUGAGUGGGCAGAUCGGAUUGAAGAAAAUAAAGGCCUACCAUGCCGUGCCUUUUAUACGCAGGUUGGAAAUGGGGCCUGGUUUAUAGCCCGCGCCAUGGGCUGUGAUGUGGCUGCCGCACACUUUACAGUGAAGGUGGACCGUCAAAAAAAUCAAGACCGCCUCCCACCCUCCCUCACCUUAAUAUUACCCCGUAUCUGUGUUUGUUUUGAUGCUGAAAACCCAAUCACGUUCGCCGACCGUUUUGCUUCUGCCUAUCGUCGCCGCCAACAUGCCGAGGAUGUUCUUCGAGCGGAGCUCUACGUAGAGUCCGUUCCGCCAGAUGAGUAUCAGACCUUAAAUCCCGGGGUGCAGUCCCGCAUUAAGAAGCUGGCGAUGGGCACGUUGGCGCUCGUUCAGGCGGAAAGCAUUCUCGAGACCCAAGCGGUAGCGGAGGAGGUUCGAAUCGACUACUGUCGUUGCAUGAACGCGGAUCUCCUUCGCAAUUUCUCUAAGACGAAUCACUUUUCUCACUUGUCUUUCCUACAGGACUUAGAAACGAAGGGGCAAGUGGUCCCCACGUACGGCGUGGCGCCGCCUUCUGGGGAUGACACCCGUCUGGCGAAAAUCAUUGAGUCGUUUCAGCGGAAAACCUUCUUCGCGUGCACGCCGACCCCUUCCUUUGUUUGCCGCCAAGUACGGGAGUGCCACGAGAAGAUUUUGUCGCGUCCGAUAUUUUUGCAGGGCGCCGAGCUCGAAAACCAGCGGCCGAUAACACUCAUCAACUUUGAUGAGGUCCAGACCGCCGCGGUGCGCAACAGCGCGCGAUUUCUGCGCGAAAAGUGGUCCAAUGUCAUUGUAUCAAACUUACGAGAGGCUUUAGGCAACUUCACCAAGGAUGACGAGGUGAACUUGAAAUUCAUCGACGAGGACGAUUAUAGGGGUACCAAAACAGAGCACUUUAUGCGGAUGCUGAAUUGUGAAAUGCAGGAUACUGUGAGGCACUUUCUGAAGUGCAACAUCGAGGUCUUCACUCGAUUCCUUGAGGAUGCGGGAAAUUUCCGUUUGACCAUUAACAGCAUCAACGACGUUGAGCUGAGCGAGGAUGAUUAUCCUGCGCCUACCGAACCUUUCGGCUGGAAUGCAUGCGUUUCGGAGUCGUUUUUGCGAAAACCGUUCUACCGUCCCGCACCGCUUUUCCGAGUAUCGGUUAUAAGUGAUCAAAAGAUCUACGCCACUCCGAAAAGGCUGCAAGGGCUUGUGAAACCAUCUAGCCAACAAGGCACCUUCCAUGAAGUCCCGAGCAGUGUGUACGAAGCCUCGCGGCCGAACUCUGUGGCAACUUCGUCGGAGGGGGGCUCGGCGAUUAGCUACAGCGUAUCCAUCGAUGAAAUUCGCUCCAUCAUUCACGGGCUCAUCAAGCGCUGUCUCUCCUCACAUGGUGAUUUUCGUACAGUCGAGCGCAGUCUUUUCAGUUUCCUGCACGAUCAAAACUUUGUGACGCUGCAGUCGCUGAAUCUGAGCGACACUUUUGUGGAGUCUUGCAUCGGGCGAAUCGAUCGAGUGCUGGAUCGGACGGCGGGUAUCAUGGCGAGGUACCUCGCCACCUUCAGGAGCUUUCAGGACCUGGCCGAUUUUGAUGUACGGACGUACAUGGACGAGUUCAAGGAACGCUUCCCACGGACGAAGGGGAUCGAAGAGGAAAUAAAGAGCUUUAUGAGACGGCAAGAGGAAAUUCAAAAGAAUAUACCUGCUGAAAAGGACUUGGGCAUGGUGCUUGUUGAUUGCCUCGAACUGAAGGUACAACUGUCCUCCAAGUGUAACCAAGUCGUCUCGGGUGUGCUCACUUUGCUGGCGAAUCGUGCCGUUCAAAAAGAGGACAGGAUCGACGCCAAGUUCACAGAACUGCGCAACAUCCUUUUCAAACCAACGGAGACUCCGGAAGAGGUUGUGGCGGCGAGGGAGUUUAUUAAGAGCAUUCCCGAGCAAAUGUUUGACAUUCAGGCGAUGAUUGAGGAGACGCGUGAGAUCCACGACCUUCUUCAUUUGUUCCACCAUAGCCUUUCAGAGGAGGAGUUCAGCAAGAAGUGGCAUAUAUUCGGAUGGCCGUCGCAGCUGGACGAUGAAAUCAACCAGCGUACCCAGGAACUGCAGGAAACGAUGCGGUACAUGACCGCCUCCAUGCAUCGCGCGCAGGAGCUGUUUGCAACUGAGGUGGAGUCCGUCCAGAGGGUUGUCCAGCAAUACUACCUUCACUCCAGCCUCCCCAAGCUCAAUGAAACCGCCAAUGAUGUCCGUUCGGUGCUGGAAAAAAUACAAACGUUGCGUUCCCAAGCCAAUACCUUCAAUCUGCACGAAAGCCUCUUCAACCUGGAGCGGACGGAUUAUUCAGCGGUGCAUCAGCUGUCCACGGAUUUUGAGCCCUACGCUUUGCUGUGGUUGACUAUCGAAAGCUGGCAUAACUCCAUGCAUACGUGGUACAACAUCCCUUUUACCGAACUCGAUGCCGAGGCGAUUGAAAAGCAGGUAACCGAAAACUUAAAUGCGAUGACUCGAUGCACGUGUGAGCCUCGACUUACCCCAGAUCUCAUCGAUAUUGCGGAGCGCACGUUGCUCUCAAUCGAGGAGUUUAAACCACUGGUACCGACGAUCAACUACCUGCGUGCGCGUGGCAUGUACGAUCGCCACUGGGAGCAAAUCUCCAAAGAGAUCGGGAAAGAUAUUCGACCAGGCGUCACACUCAAGAGCCUUUCGGACAUCACGACACUACGGCUACAGGAGUAUGACGAUAUCACGAUGCGCAUCUCUGAGGUCGCGUCGCGUGAGUAUCAGAUUGAGCUCUCAUUGAAGAAGAUGAAGGAGCACUGGGGAGCUCUUUGCUUGAACCUGAAGCCGCAUAAGGAGACCGGAUGCUUCAUCAUCACUAAGGAAGUCGCCGACGAAACGCAAGAAACCUUGGAUGAGCACACCUUUAUCACACAAUCCCUCAGCUUCUCACCAUUCAAAAAGCUUUUCGAGGAAGACAUUCAAGAAUGGGAAGCGUCUCUGCGGACCGUGCAGAGUGUUCUUGACGAGUGGAUUAACUGCCAAAAGGCAUGGUUGCAUUUGGAGCCUAUAUUUCAGUCCGAGGACAUUUCUCGCCAAAUUCCUCAGGAGUUCAAGCGAUUUCAGCAGGUGAACAAGAACUGGACAUUCUUGACCAAUAGGGCCCAUGAUAUCAACCUUACCAUGAAGUUCUGCGAAACUACGGAUCGCUGUCUAGAGUUGUUGCGAGAGUGCAACACACUUCUCGAGCUUGUGGGGCGUGGGCUUAAUCAAUACCUGGAGAACAAGCGUGCCUCCUUUGCACGCUUUUACUUUUUGUCUGAUGACGAGCUACUCAUGAUCUUGUCUGAGGCAAGGGAUCCGCAAAAGCUGCAGCCGCAGUUCCGCAAGCUGUUUGAGAAUGUCGCCAAACUCGAUAUGCGCGGUGAAGAAAAUGAGAUGUUCGGAAUGCACUCUCAUAUGGAUGAAUACAUCCCCUUUCACCAACCCGUUCUGCCGAGAAAGUAUGUGGAGAACUGGCUUACUGAGGUCGAGAACAUGAUGAAGCUUUCGAUACGCAUGCAAUUGGAAAAGGGCCUCAAAGACUUCACCACGAUGGAUCGCAAAGAUUUUGUGAUCAGUUUGCCCGGACAGAUUGUCAUUGCCGUGAAUCAAAUUAUGUGGACCUACGAGUGUGAGAACUCCCUGACGACGCAUGGCUCCUUGGAACCCUACGCCCCAAAGGCACAGGAAAACCUCCAACUGCUCAUCGAAACCGUUCGCCAUCCGUUAUCGAAUCUCCAACGUAUGAAUAUUAGCGGCCUCAUUACCAUUGAGGUCCAUGCUCGGGAUAUUGUGGAUAACCUAGUCCGAGAUAAGAUCAGCAGCGUCUAUGACUUCGAGUGGAUUUCACAGUUGCGUAGCUAUUGGAUGAACAACGAUUACUACCUACGACAGGUCGAGGCGCAGUUCCGCUACGGGCACGAAUACCUUGGCAACAGCACGCGUCUGGUGAUCACGCCGCUGACGGAUCGUAUCUAUCUCACGCUGACGGGAGCGAUGCACAUGUUCUUGGGGGGCGCGCCCGCCGGCCCCGCCGGGACCGGCAAAACCGAAACCGUCAAGGAUUUAGCCAAGGCCGUUGCGAAGCAGUGUGUGGUGUUUAAUUGCCAGGAAGGUAUGACGUACGCGUCGAUGGGGAAGUUCUUCAAAGGGCUUGCCCAGGCCGGCGCGUGGGCCUGUUUUGAUGAGUUCAACCGCAUCGACGUGGAAGUGCUUUCUGUGGUGGCGCAGCAGGUUUCUUCGCUUCAGACGGCGGCGCGGUCGAAGCAGUAUCGUAUUCCUUUCGAGGGAACCGAGAUUGUGGUCGACCCGUCCUAUGCUGUUUUCAUCACCAUGAACCCCGGUUAUGCCGGGCGAACGGAGCUGCCGGAUAACCUUAAGGUGCUCUUCCGCCCGGUCGCAUGUAUGGUGCCGGACUACGCGAUGAUUGCCGAGAUUCGACUUUUUUCAUCCGGCUACUCGGAUUCACGGAAGCUCGCUCAGAAAAUGGUCGCCACGUUCCGGCUGAGCUCGGAGCAGCUGUCCACGCAGGAUCACUACGAUUUCGGGAUGCGGGCGGUUAACACCGUCAUCUCCGCCGCCGCACUGAUGAAACGGGAGUACCCAAACGAGCCCGAGAACGAGCUGUUGCUGCGCGCCCUACGCAACUCCAACGCGCCAAAGUUUCUCGAUACCGACUUAUUGCUUUUCAACGGCAUCGUUUCCGAUCUGUUCCCGGGCGUGCAGGUACCCCCGGUGGAUUAUGGCGAGUUCAUGAAGGUCUUGUCCGACAAGGCGACGGAGCGGCAUCUGCAGCCCACCGGGGUGUUCAUCCGAAAGUGCAUCGAGAUGUACGAGAUGAUUAUCCUGCGGCAUGGCCAAAUGAUCGUCGGCCCCACCAUGGGUGGUAAGACGAGCGCGACGCAGGUUCUCCAGAGUGCGAUGACGACGCUACGCAAGGAGAUGCGCAACCCGCGCUUUGCCGAGGUGAAAACCUACGCGCUGAACCCCAAGGCGAUCACGAUGUCGCAGCUCUACGGCGGCUUCGAUAUGGUCACCGGGGAGUGGCAUGACGGUCUCGUCGGGGAGAUCUUCCGCACCGCGGCGCGCGAUUGCAGCGAUGCGCGGCAGUGGAUCAUCUUCGACGGCCCCGUCGACGCCCUCUGGAUUGAGUCCAUGAACACCGUGCUCGAUGAUAACAAAAAGCUCUGCCUCAUUUCGGGCGAAAUUAUCGCGAUGACGCCCUACAUGAACUGUUGGUUUGAGGUGGAGGACCUUGCGGUGGCCUCGCCUGCCACCGUCUCGCGCGCGGGUAUGAUUUAUAUGGAGCCUAGCACCUGCGUCGGCAUCACCAACCUGGUGCGCAGCUGGCAAAUGUAUCGUCUGCCCUCCACUAUGGACCCUUACAAGGAGCACCUACAGGCUCUUUGCGAGCAACUCUUCCCCGUGCUCAUUCACUUCGUUCAGACGCAGGUCGCCGAGUACAGCGCCUCUGUCUGGACGAAUCUGGUGACGUCCUGCUUUAACAUCUUCGCGGCGCUGUUAGUUCCGUUCACGCCCACAAGGACGUACGAGGUCCCACAAGAGAAGCUCGAUAUUUUGAAGGAUGUAUACCUGGACUUCUUAGUCUUCUCGAUCGUUUGGUCCUUCGGCGCUACGGGCGACGGAGUCAGCUGUAGGCGCUUUGAUAAGUUUCUGCGCAACGAGCUCCGGCAGCGGGACGUCGCAAUCGACCUUCCGAUCCUUGACUGCCUGCAGAACUAUGAAUUUAUCCCCGAAGAGCGGAGCUGGGUGGCGUGGAAUGACCGAUUGCCGCCGUUCACGACUCAGGUGACGCAAGCCAACAUUUCGGAUAUCAUUGUACUCACAGCAGACCAGGCGCGCUUCAAGUAUAUUAACCGGCUACUCCUCAAAAACUCUUAUCACACCCUGUGCUGCGGCCCCACCGGAACCGGUAAAACCGUACUACUGCAGCAGCUGCUCAUGAAUGAGAUGCCCAAAGAGUUUACCCCUAUCUUCUUCACCUUCUCCGCUCGGACGAGUGCCAACCAAACCCAGGACCUUAUCUUCUCCAAGUUCGAGGUACGACGGCGCGCCUCUCCGCAGAUUUGGGGGGCUCCUCUCAACAAAAAGAUUAUCGUAUUCAUUGAUGACAUGAAUAUGCCUAUGAAGGAGCAAUAUGGCGCACAACCUCCGAUUGAAAUUCUACGCCAGUACAUGGACUAUCACGGCUGGUAUGACCGCCUCACGCGCGAGUUCUUCAACAUAGUGGAUGUCAUCUUAGUUGGCUCAAUGGGACCUCCAGGUGGCGGCCGCAACCAUGUGAGUAACCGGUUCCUGCGCCACUUCAACCAAAUCGCCUUUCCCGAUAUUGACGACCGAAACCUGAAGCGCAUCUUUGUAACGUUGAUGGACAGCUACUUCGCGCCGUUCCCGGAAAACAUCCGAUCGAAGGUGCAAACCAUCGCCGACGCCUCGAUUGCGGUGUACAAUCAAGUGAUCAAGGAACUACGUCCGACCCCCGUGCAUCCUCACUAUCUCUUCAACCUACGAGACCUUUCGAGGGUGAUCUCUGGUAUGGCCAACGCCACCCUGCAGUCAGUUCCGGACACGUUUGCGUUGAUACGCUUGUGGCUGCAUGAGGAGAUGCGGACCUUCCGGGAUCGGCUCAUUAACGAGAAGGACAGAAGCUGGUUUGAUCAGCAGCUUCAGAAUCAAGUGAGGAAACAUUUCAAGGUGACUCUCGAAGAAGUCAUUCCACCCUCGCCGGGUGCUUCGAUCUCCGCGAUUUCUGAUUUACUUUUUGUUGAUUUUCUUGGCUCCAAAAAUUCGAAGAUUGCUGUCUAUGACCAAGUAAAGGAUUAUGAAACACUGGUGAAGGAGCUAGAGAAGCGAUUUGCCGAGUACAACGAAAAUUAUGCGACCCACAAGCUCAAUAUUGUUCUGUUCACCGUUGCGGUGCAUCAUCUUUGUCGCAUCAUUCGUGUGAUUCGGAAGUUCAACGGCCACGUCUUACUCCUAGGAGUUGGUGGCUCCGGUCGUCAAUCACUUUCUCGGUUAGCGGCUCAUGUGACGCACUAUAAUCUCAUGGAGGUGGAAAUUUCGAAAGGCUACAGCAUGAACAUGUGGCAAGAGGAUAUGAAGAACGUGUUGCGUUCGGUUGGCCUUCACGGAAAGCAGGUUCUUUUCUUAUUUACCGACACUCAAAUUGUGCACGAAUCCAUGCUCGAGGACGUUAACAACCUCCUCAACUCAUGUGAGAUCCCGAAUCUGUUUGUUGGCCAAGAAUUUGACGAUCUGCUCAACGCUAUGAAGCCCAUAUGUAUCGCGGAGAAUCUUUCCUUAGAUAAGAUCAGUAUGUACUCUCGUUUUGUCCGCAACUGUCGCAGUAACUUACACAUUUCACUCUGCAUGUCCCCUCUGGGCGAGACAUUCCGCAACCGCCUGCGCAUGUUCCCUGCGCUGGUGAGCUGCUGCACGAUUGACUGGUUCGAGGCCUGGCCUCAUCAGGCGCUGCACAGCGUCGCACGUAGCUUCCUCGCCCCGAUGCCACUUUUGCGAGGCGACAAUGCUGAGAUUGUAAGGUGCGCAGAAGUAUGCGUUGCUAUCCAUCAAAGUGUGGAGAAAAUGUCUCAGCGUUUCUUGACCGAGACUCGACGUUACAACUACGUCACUCCGACAUCUUUCCUUGAAGUGCUUAAAAUGUUUUCCACCUUGAUGGAUUCUCAAACGACGGCAGAUCAGACUAAUCAAAGCCGAUUUGAGAAUGGUCUUAGCAAGCUGCGCGAGACAGAGGAGGCAGUGGAGAAGAUGCAGCAAACGCUGGCCGAGAAGCAGCCCAUCUUGAUUGAAAAGAGUGAAUCCAUCAAGGCCUUAGUUCAAGAAAUAGAGCAGCAGACCUCGUCGGCCGAGGAGACCAAAAUCGAGUCCCAGAAGACCCGUGAGGCCGUUGCCGCCAUGCAGGCCGAAUGCGCCACCAUUGAGCAGCAGGCGCAGGAGAAGCUUUCGGAAGCCUUGCCCGAACUUGACAGGGCCUUAGAGACCCUCAAAAAUCUGAAAUCCUCGCAGAUCACGGAGGUGGCAGGUUACAAGGCGCCCACACCUGGUGUUGUUAUGACUAUGCAAGGAAUAUGCAUCCUUUUCCAGAUCAAGCCUGUCCUGAAGGCUGUUACCCCGAUGGAGAAGAAGCCCGACUACUGGGCUACGGCCAAGGAGCAGCUCCUGAACAAUCCCAACGCCCUCAUGCAACGUCUUAUAAACUACGACAAGGAACAUAUCCCUGGAAAGCUUAUUCAGGCCGUUAGGCCCCUCGUUACCUCUGAGGACUUUACGCCCAAGAAAAUUGCAGGGGCAAGUCAGGCGUGUGCCGCGAUGUGUCAAUGGACACACGCCAUGGUUCGCUUUUACGAGGUCAAUUUGAAGGUCGAGCCACUACGACAGAGGCUUUCGGUCGCCCAAAAUGCCAACCGCGAGGCUCAAGAGAAGCUCCGCCUUGCCGAGGCUCGCCUGGAUGAGGUGUCGCGUUGCCUGUCUGAAAUGCAAGCACGUAAGGAAAGUGCGGAGAAUGAAAUGAAGCAGCUCGAAGAGACGGUCCGACAUACCGAGCUAAGGCUUCAGCGUGCCGCUAUGCUGAUUGAUGGUCUCAAAGGGGAGAAAAAGAACUGGACGAAGUCCUUGGAAGAGCUAAGACGAAACUCAAAAUUUCUCAUGGGUGACAUGCUCGCAGCGGCCGGACAAAUUGUCUAUUGUGGCCCUUUUACAGCUGUUUAUCGCAGAGAGCUUAUCGAGUCAUGGGGCCAAAUGCUCCAAAGAGAGGGUAUUCCACAUAGCAAAAAACUCUCCGUGUAUUACACCCUGCAGGACAUAGUGGAAACACGUGAAUGGAACUUGAAUGGACUUCCUGGGGACAAGCUUUCAGUUGAAAAUGCUCUUUUUCUCACGUACGCGCGGCGCUGGCCACUCAUAGUUGAUCCCCAAACGCAAGCCAACAAAUGGAUUCGGCAAACCUACAAGGACUCCCUCGAGGUGCUGAAACUGAGCCAGAAGGAUCUUCUCAAGCGGAUUGAGUACUGCAUCCGUGUUGGCCGCCCAGUGUUACUGGAGAACGUAUGUGAGGAAAUUGAUGCCAGUCUCGGGCCACUGCUUGACAAACAGGUCUUCACACAGGCUGGGAUUGAGAUGAUCCGAAUCACCGACACGGCGAUCCCGUGGAACCCAAAGUUUAAAUUUUUUAUGACAACUAAAUGGUCGAAUCCGCACUAUAUCCCAGAGGUUGUAAUGCGUGUGACGCUACUCAACUUCUUCAUCACUCCCCAGGGAUUGGAGGAUCAGCUCUUGGGUGUCGUCGUAGGGCAGGAGCGCAAGGAGCUCGAAACGCGACGCAGCGAUCUGAUUCAGAAAAAUGCUGCUAUGAAGGCGGAUUUGGUUCACAUCCAAAAAACUAUCCUCCGAAAAAUGGAGGAGGUCCAGGGAGACAUGUUGGAUGAUGUCGAGCUCAUCGAGUACCUGAACGAGUCCAAGGAAAAGACGGCUGAGAUUGUAGCCAAGGUGGCGGAAGCUGAAGAGGCUGAAAUCAGCAUCAACGCCAGCCGCGAGGAAUAUCGACCAAUCGCACGGCACUCUAGUUGCUUAUACUUUUGCUGUUCAAAUCUCUCCAAUGUGGACCCAAUGUAUCAGUACUCGCUGCAGUGGUUUGUGCAGCUUUUCAUAGCAGGUAUCGAACAAGCUGCUGCAGCUGAUGAAAUUGAGAAACGUCUGUUCAAUCUCAAGGACUACUUUACAUACAGCUUCUACCAAAACAUUAGUCGUUCCCUUUUUGAAAAGCACAAGCUGAUGUUCUCCUUCUACCUGUGUCUGAGUAUUUUGCGUCAGAGUGGACUCAUCGUUGAAGAAGAGCUACGCUUCCUUUUGCAUGGACCGUCAAUGAUUGAGGCUCCGUCCGAGGCUAAUCCGGAUCCCGGGUGGUUGGCUCCAACGGCUUGGAGCGAGUUGUGCUAUCUAGGCAAUCACUUCACUGCGUUCCGUGAUUUUGUACGCGACCUAGUGAAAAAUCCAGGGCACUACUACGAGGUGUUGUUCUCCUCUAAUGCAGAAUAUGAGUCAUUUUAUUCUAGCUGGGGCGAGGGGCUUACGCGUCUGCAGCGCAUGAUGGUCCUUCGGUGCCUGCGACCAGAUAAGCUCGGGGAUGCUGUGCAUAAUUUCGUGGUGAGUACAAUGGGUGACCGCUUCAUUCGGCCACCACCCUUCGAUCUCUUCGUUUCGUUCAAAGAUUCCACCGCCGCGACGCCGCUUAUCUUUGUGCUUUCACAGGGUGCGGAUCCAUAUGGCGACUGGAAACGUUUUGCAGAGACUCAGGGCAUGGGCAAAAAACUGUACGAUAUCUCGCUUGGUCAAGGGCAAGGUCCACGGGCCGAACGCAUGCUCCAGGAGGCCAUGGAAAGUGGGGCAUGGGUCUUACUUCAGAACUGCCAUCUCGCGAUAUCGUGGAUGCCAACGCUGGAAAGUAUUGUCGAGUCCAUGCCUAUGAGCAUCAUCCAUCCCAACUUCCGUCUGUGGUUGACCUCGAUGCCGAAUCCGCACUUCCCCGUCUCGGUGCUGGAGAAUGGUGUUAAAAUGACCAACGAGCCGCCGAAAGGGAUGCAGGCCAAUGUUACGCGCUCCUUGUUGGCCUACUCGAACGACUACCUUGAGAGCUGCAGGAAGCCUAACGAGUUGAAAAAGCUUUUCUUUUCGAUGUGCUUCUUUCAUGCUCUCAUCCAGGAGCGCCGUAAGUUUGGCCCGCUUGGGUGGAAUAUUCCUUAUGAGUACACUUCUGGCGAUUUGGGCUGCUGCGUGGAGCAGAUUAAGAUGUUCCUGGACAAAUAUGACGAUCUACCGUAUAAAGUGAUCCGGGAGCUGAGUGGGAAUAUCCACUACGGUGGGCGCGUUACCGACAACUGGGAUCGUCGGACCUUGAACACGCUUUUGGAGCAUUUCGUCACCCCGGACCUGAUUCAGGACGGCUACCAGUUUUCCCCGCUGCCGUACUAUCAGUCCAUCGCCGUUACCAACCAGAAAGGGUACAUCGAAUACGUUGCCUCAUGGCCAAUAAACACACAUCCUGAAGUCUUCGGGCUUCAUGAAAACGCCGAUAUCGCGUGCGCGCGCAGCGAGACCUUUGAGACCCUCGCCGCGAUCGCCCAACUAGAAGGUGAGCAUACAACGGGCGGAAUAAACAGCAUGACGCCGGAUGAACAAGUGGCGGAGCUCGCGGGGGUGAUUAAGGAAAAGCUAUGCCAGCCGUUUGACAUUAACAAGUUCCGCUCUAAAUAUCCAACAAAGUACGAAGAUUCCAUGAACACUGUUCUAGUGCAAGAGGCAAUUCGGUUUAACCCCUUACUCACCAUUAUCCAUCAAACGCUGGACACGUUACCAUUAGCCAUGAAAGGUGAAGUAGUCAUGAGCAAGGAGUUGGAGGACGUAUACCGCUCAAUUUACAACAACCAAGUCCCAACGCAAUGGGCAGAGCGGGCGUACCCGAGCUUAAAAACAUUAGCUGCAUGGAUAGACGAUCUCGUGCUGCGUUUGGCGAUGAUACAGGACUGGUAUGAUAAUGGCCACCCCAAAAUAUACUGGAUUUCCGGCUUCUUUUUCCCACAAGCCUUCCUUACAGGCAUUUUUCAGAACUUCGCCAGGCAAGAGCAGGUUUCAAUUGAUACCAUCAGCUAUAGCUUCGAGUGGAAGCGGGAGGAGCCGUCAGAGAUUACCUCGCCGCCGCCCAUAGGGUGUUACGUUCACGGUAUUUUCAUGGAAGGCGCCCGCAUAGAUCCCGAGACGAUGACGCUCGCAGAAUUAAAGCCAAAAGUUCUUUUUGAACCAGUUCCCUUGCUGUGGCUCAAGCCCAUUAUCAACCGCGCUAAGCCACCUGAGGGGACGGUAUACGAAUGCCCUUUGUACAAGACAGUUAGUCGAGCAGGUACGCUUAGCACCACUGGUCAUUCCACAAACUUCGUUUUAGCGAUUGAGGUUCCGACCACGGUGGACCCAAAACACUGGGUGCGGCGUGGUGUGGCGAUGUUGUGCGCCCUGAGCAUGUGA